ACUUAAGGAGGUUGAGUAGCUGGGAAGCGCCACGUGUGCCUUGAGGUUUGUCCGAGGUCCAGCUUUGCAAUGGCAGCGGAGGCUUCUCCGCCCCUCGGGUCACCCCCAUCCUGCCUGUCGUUCCAGAGGCCCGGCAUUUAUGAGGAUGAGAAGGGGAGGACCUGGAUGACCGUGGUCUUACGAAUCAAUCCCUCCCACCAAGUCCUGGGCAGGAACUCCCCGGGCAGCACACGUGACACCAGUGUCACUGUCCACAUGUGGCAGAUGGCAGUGCACCCCCAGACACCCAGGUUCUCCAUCCAUCUGCCCGUGACCGGGCUGCCCCUCAAGUGGGAGCUCUGCCCUGGGCGACGCUACCGAGCAGCGGAUUCCAGACUCUGGCAAAUAGUGGACCAUGGCCUGGUAGAUCAACUCCAGGGAACAGCUGAUCCUAAGGCUUCGGCCGAGAGGGCAGGAGUGAGGAUGGGAAGCCGCUGAUGGGCUGGUCCUGCUGGCCCUGUGAUCUUCGGCGAGGAUUUUUCUGCCCCCGCCCUCUGACUGGCACACCCAACAUGGCCUUCCUGGGGGAGCAGGAGGCAGCUGGGCCCAUGUCCACUCUGCGUUCUCUGUCUUCCUCGGUCUGUGCUCAGGGUGCCCUGCCGUGGCUCCUCUUCCCCCCUUUUGUCCCUCAGGUUGUCAUUCCAGGUGCCACUUCCCCAAACCCCUCCCCUGUUCGCCCACCCCACUGCCUGGGCCCCUAGCACAGCCUGUGAUUGGAAACUUGGCCCGCAGCUCCGCUCUGCCUCAGCCAGGGAGUGGCUCGGAGGGACCCAGGUCUUGGACUCACAUGCCCUGUGGACGUCCGUUCUGCUGACACUUCAACCCCGAACAGAUCAAGUGCUGAGCAGGCUGCCAAGUCCUGAGCUUCAGUUAGCCCAUCAGCACAAGAGGAGGGUUGGCCAGGGGGCGGGGGAUGGACUUGGCCUGUGGUUCUCCUGCUUCAUCAGUUGAUCGGCUCAGGGAAAUGAUGCUGGUCCAGGAGGGUCCCCCCCCAGUCCUGAUUGAUUAAACUUUGCUGCUCGUUGUCAACUUC